AUAAACCAAAGUCCAAUAUCUUAUAAAACAGCCUAAAAAAGAAAAAAAACACCAAAGUCUUAAAAAGUCUUCUUUGAUCAAUGGCUUCCUCUGUUAUGUCUCUCCAAUCUAUCUCUAUGACAACUCUCAACAAUCUCUCUUGCAAUAAGCAAUCUCAACGAAGCUCUCUUCUUGGUUUCUCUAAAUCCUCCCAAAAUCUUGGAGUCUCAUCCAACGGUCUAAAUUUCUCCUCUCGAUCAAGUUUCACUCCCAAGAAGAAACUAACUCCAACUCAAGCUAUCUCCCAAGACUCUAGACCAAGUAAAAUUCAAGAACUGAGCGUAUACGAGCUGAACGAAUUAGAUAGACACAGCCCCAAAAUUCUUAAAAACGCCUUCAGCUUAAUGUUCGGUCUCGGAGAUCUUGUCCCAUUCACCAACAAACUCUACACCGGAGAUCUCAAGAAACGUGUAGGAAUCACCGCCGGUCUCUGCGUGGUGAUUGAACAUGUCCCCGAGAAGAAUGGUGAUAGAUUCGAAGCUACCUACAGCUUCUACUUCGGAGACUAUGGCCACUUAGCUGUACAAGGACCGUACUUGACGUACGAGGACUCGUUCUUGGCCAUCACUGGUGGCUCUGGGGUCUUCGAAGGUGCGUACGGGCAAGUUAAGCUUCAGCAGCUUGUGUACCCGACGAAACUGUUCUACACUUUUUACCUUAAAGGAUUGGCUAAUGAUUUGCCGGCGGAGCUUACCGGAACACCAGUUCCUCCGACUAAAGAUGUGAAGCCGGCGCCGGAAGCUAAGGCGUUGGAGCCUAGCGGAGUUAUAAGCAAUUAUACUAAUUAAUCUCGUUUAUGUAUGAUGAUAUUUUUCUAUGACAAAUAUAUAUUCUUGUACUUGCGUAAACAAAAAAAAAAAAAAAGAUCGUUGUCGAAAACAAUUAUUGUAAAAAUUAAUUGCAAAAGAC